AAAUCCGAACAGUGCCGCGCUCCUAACAGCUGAAUGCGUAUUGUAUCGCGCGACGUUGCCAAUUCUGCAGGACCCAAGACAUCAUGGCCGACUCGACCGCAUCUCCGCCAGUUCUGGACCUUGUUAUUUGAGACAUAGAGUCCAAACUCCAACGGCCUAAGCAAGAAGCGAUGCUGAAGGACAGAGACUCGGAGGGGUCGCCGGGGGUGCCGGACGAGUGCGCGGGGUGCGGGGGGCGGAUACAGGAUAGAUACUACCUGCUGGCUGUAGACCGGCAAUGGCACGGCUCCUGUCUCCGCUGCUGCGAGUGCCGGCUGCCCCUAGACUCGGAGUUAACGUGCUUCUCGAGGGACGGCAACAUCUAUUGCAAGGAGGACUAUUAUAGAAUGUUCUGCGUGAAGCGCUGCGCGCGCUGCGGUGCCGGCAUCACGGCCAAUGAGCUGGUCAUGCGAGCCAGAGACGCAGUUUACCACCUCACGUGUUUCUCGUGCGCAGCCUGUGGAAGUUUGCUGUCUAAGGGGGACGUGUUCGGGAUGAGGGAUAAUUUGGUGUACUGCCGGCCGCAUUAUGAGCAGGACUAUGAUGAUGAUUAUAGGUAAGACUAUGAUGAUGAUAGUGUAUAUAGGUGCCAAGAAAUGGACGGCGAAGGCUCUCCCUCCCAGUUCUACGGCGGCCCAAGCCAAAAGGGGAGACCUAGGAAGAGAAAGCUCGCCCAAUCACCGGAUGACAUGCAAGUUCAGACCAUGAGGAUGGCCAGUACUGCGCUAGAAAUCCUCCACCGCGGCGACCUAUCCUCCUCCAUGGAGUCCCUGGCGUACGACUCCGGCGCAGCGUCCCCCGGCUCGGUGAGCAGCACGCGCACAAAGCGCAUGCGCACCAGCUUCAAGCACCACCAGCUGCGCACCAUGAAGUCCUACUUCGCGGUCAACCAGAAUCCUGAUGCGAAGGAUUUGAAGCAGUUAGCGCAGAAGACGGGGCUUUCCAAGAGGGUGCUACAGGUAUGGUUCCAGAACGCCCGCGCGAAAUGGCGUCGCAACAUAAUGCGUCAAGAGACCAACCCCACCCCCCACUCCAUCCAGCCCCCCACCCUCAUGCUGGAGCUGCAGACCCUGGACGACCCCCACCAUCCCGUGCCCUUCACCGACAUGUACUAACGAAGGUGGGCAAAGAUACAUUUUGGGGCAAAGUUGAAUGUGUAACCGAGCGUAAAACAUGUGCUUAAAAAUAUAAAAAUAUCGAAGUUCUU